ACCACUACCACCACCAACGGCAAUCUCUCCUUUUUUCUUCGCCAACUCAUGAGUCACGGCUCUUCUUUGCUCUUUACUGCAAUCACGGAUUUCGUUUUUAGAAAAUCCAACUCACCCAGAGUCCAGAUCCUCAUCUCCACGUCCCUCUUCCAUCUCCAUCUAUUUCCUUCCACUUGUACUUACUUUCCUGAUUUCCUGAACCCAUUAAUUCUGAUUUUGGAGUCCGCUCGUUCCUCUUUCUCGUGUUCAUCCAGACUAAUUUCUUAAAAUGGGAUCCCUCUGUUUUCCACUUUUCCUACAUGGAUAUAUCCACAUUAAGACUCACUUCAUCCACGUGUCACAUCAUGCAAUGUUCAUCAGCUCUUUUUUUUCUAAAGUUGGUGGAUAUUACUCUCACAUCCAGAUUUCAGAGAUUAGGAUUGGUAAACAACAAAAAAUUUCAUGGAUAUCGACAGAGAAGAAGAACGCCAAAUCAAUCAAUUGAAUGAAGAAACCGGCGGUGGCGGUGGCGGUGGCGACGGCGGAAGAGGAGGAGGAGAAGGAAGACACAAUAUUGAUAAGGACAAAUCCAGCAUGCGUUAUCGGGUUCUCCUAGCCAUCACCUACAUAUCUCUGUUCGUGGGUUCCGUAUCUUCAAGCUUGCUUUCCAGAUUCUACUUCAUUCAUGGAGGUUCAAGCAGGUGGGUCUCCACUUGGGUUCAAUCCGCUGGCUUUCCUCUUCUCCUUCUCCCCAUCUACCUCCCUCGCCUCUUCAACUCGCAUCGACAACGACGCCGUCCUUUCUCUCACUUCACAUCUAAGCUCCUCCUCAUAACCAUGGGGAUGGGUCUGAUUUCAGGCGUAAGCAACUUCCUCUUCUCAUGGGGCAUCUCCUAUCUCCCUGUCUCAACCUCAUCUCUUCUCCUCUCCUCUCAACUCGCCUUCAACCUAAUCCUUUCGGUGCUCAUCGUGAAGCAACGAGUCGUCUUCUCCAACCUCAACACCGUUAUCCUAAUAACUCUGAGUUCAAUCCUUUUGGCAAUCGGAUCCAGCCAUGAUAAACCUAAAGGUGUAACCCAGAGACAAUACUUCCUGGGUUUCUCCUCCAUUCUCACAACAGGAUUGCUCUUCGCUCUGUAUCUGCCAUUAAUGGAGAUGAUUUACAACAAGAUGGUUCAGAGUUACGAGAUGGUGAUGGAAAUGCAGUUCAUCAAUUCAGCAGUUGCGACGGCGUUAGCUUCCGUUGGGAUGGCGUUAGACGGAGGGUUUAGAGAGAUGAGGAAGGAGAGUGAGAAGAAUUUUGAUUUGGGAACGGUGGCCUAUGGGUUGACGGUGGGAUUCAACGUGGUGACAUGGCAGGUUUGUUUUAUGGGAUCGGCGGGACUUGUUUACCUGACGACGGCGUUGACGGGAGGGAUUUGCAUGACGGCGUUACUUUCUAUGAAUGUGUUGGGAGGUGUUUUGGCGUUUGGGGAUGCGUUUGGUGGGGCUAAGGUAGUGUCUACUCUAUUGUGUCUUUGGGGGUUUUGUUCUUAUGUGUAUGGGGAGUAUAGAAAAAUGGUGGAGGAGGACGAAGAGAAGAGGAAUGAUCAGGAGAUGGCAAUGGAGUUGGUUGGUGUGGAUUGAUGUUGAUUUUGAAUCUCAAUUUUAUCUUGUCAUCAUGAUUUUGGCUGUUCAAACUAUGUUGUCGUUGUGUUUUUUUCCCCCUUUAACUCAGUUGUUAACAAAGACAAAUCGUUUGGAGGUUGAGUGGCCA